AUGUCCAGAAUCAACUUCAUUUCUAGCAUCACCAGCCAAUCCACCACACCAAUCAGUCCACCACUCAUGUCCAGGCGGUCGAAAGUGUUAGUGGUAGACUGGGAUGAGACCAUCACAGUCAAGGAUACCACGCUGAUGGUGGCAGACGUGGCCUAUAGCCGCAAUCGGAACUUGCCGCACUUCUCAACCUACUCAAAGAUUUACAUGAAUGCGUUGGCAGCAUACAAUAUGCGAUGCAACGCAGACCACGACGCCAACCGUCCUUUACAGCAAGAAAUCGACUACCAGAAGGGCUUGAAAGACGUGGAAUUGUCCUCAAUUUCGGCGCUAGUUCAAGAUGGUUUUUUUCGCAACUUAACCCCAGCAGAUUUUUCCGAGAGAGCUUCCAAAGUCGAUCUAAAGCCCGGAUUCGUGGAAUUUGCAAAAAGAAUCAGCCAAUCGAAAACUCCAAUUUACAUCCUAAGUAUUAACUGGUGCAAAACCAUGAUCGAAGCGACGUUGCGGCUUCAUGGUUUGCAAGGUUGCGUGGUCUUGGCCAAUGACUUCGAAGUUGACGAAUUUGGAUUAACUACAGGCCGGUUUACCAAGCCUGAAAUCCGGACUGGUUAUGAUAAAAUGAUGGAAUUGAAUAGAAUCCGCCAAAUGCACCCAGACACUAAUAUUGUAUAUAUCGGAGAUAGUCGCGGAGAUAUCUUGCCGAUGAGAGUUGCAGACACUGGUGUAAUUAUUGCUGGAGGUAGAGCGAGGUCAUAUUUCGCCAGUGUUCCGCCGGUUAAGGCAAUAGGCAGUUUGCAGGCAGGAAUAUGUGAAGGAGAUUGGGUAGAAAUAGAUCUGGUUUGGUAG